AUGAAGUGCGCAGGCGCAGCGGCUCCCAGCGCCUGUUGUAUCCGGCCGGCGCCUUUUCUCCCUUCCCCCGGAGCCGCUUGCCGCUGCCCUGUGCCCUCCCCGCCCCCUGCGCGUCCGCCCGGCAGCGCCUCGGACCCCGGCUGCCCCAUGAAGCGAUGGCAGCGGCCAACUUCGGCAAGAUCCAGAUCGGGAUCUAUGUGGAGAUCAAGCGCAGCGAUGGUCGAAUACAUCAAGCUAUGGUAACAUCUCUCAAUGAAGAUAAUGAAAGCGUUACUGUUGAAUGGAUUGAAAAUGGAGACACUAAAGGCAAAGAGAUUGACUUGGAGAGUAUAUUCUCACUUAACCCAGAUCUUGCGCCUGAUGAAGAUAUUGAACCCAGCCCAGAGACUCCACCACCUCCCACUCCUUCAGCCAAAGUAAACAAAAUUGUGAAGAAUCGACGGACUGUGGCUCCUAUUAAGAAUGAAACUCCUGCCAGAGACAACAGAGCGGUUGGUUCUGCACGUGCACGGCCUACUCAACUUCCUGAUCAGUCUUCCUCUACACAACAGAAUGGUAGUGUUUCAGAUAUAUCUCCAGUUCAAGCUGCAAAAAAGGAAUUUGGACCCCCUUCACGUAGAAAAUCUAAUUGUGUGAAAGAGGUUGAAAAAUUGCAAGAGAAACGUGAGAAAAGAAGGCUACAGCAGCAGGAACUUAGAGAAAAAAGAGCUCAGGAUGUUGAUGCUACAAACCCAAAUUAUGAAAUUAUGUGUAUGAUAAGAGAUUUCAGGGGAAGUUUGGAUUAUAGACCAUUGACAACAACUGAUCCUAUUGAUGAACACAGGAUAUGUGUUUGUGUACGAAAAAGGCCGCUCAAUAAAAAAGAAACUGUAAUGAAAGACCUUGAUGUAAUCACAAUUCCUAGUAAAGAUGUUGUGAUGGUACAUGAACCAAAACAAAAGGUGGAUUUAACAAGGUACCUAGAAAACCAAACUUUUCGCUUUGACUAUGCCUUUGAUGACACUGCUCCUAAUGAAAUGGUUUACAGGUUUACAGCUCGACCACUAGUGGAGACCAUAUUUGAAAGGGGAAUGGCUACAUGUUUUGCAUAUGGGCAAACAGGCAGUGGAAAAACCCAUACUAUGGGUGGUGACUUUUCAGGAAAGAACCAAGAUUGUUCUAAAGGAAUUUAUGCACUUGCAGCUCGAGAUGUCUUUUUAAUGCUAAAGAAGCCAAACUAUAAGAAGUUAGAACUUCAAGUAUAUGCAACAUUUUUUGAGAUUUACAGUGGGAAGGUUUUUGACUUGUUGAACAGGAAGACCAAAUUAAGGGUGCUGGAGGAUGGUAAACAGCAGGUCCAAGUGGUGGGAUUACAGGAACGGGAGGUUAAAUGUGUUGAAGAUGUACUCAAGCUUAUUGAAAUAGGCAACAGCUGCAGAACAUCUGGUCAGACAUCUGCAAAUGCACAUUCAUCUCGGAGCCAUGCAGUGUUUCAGAUUAUUCUGCGAAGGAAAGGAAAACUGCAUGGUAAAUUUUCCCUGAUUGAUUUGGCUGGAAAUGAAAGAGGAGCAGAUACUUCCAGUGCAGAUAGGCAAACACGACUGGAAGGUGCUGAAAUUAACAAGAGCCUUUUAGCACUCAAGGAGUGCAUUAGAGCCUUAGGCCGAAAUAAACCUCAUACUCCAUUCAGAGCAAGCAAACUUACUCAGGUGCUAAGAGAUUCAUUCAUAGGAGAAAAUUCCCGUACCUGUAUGAUUGCUACUAUCUCUCCAGGGAUGGCAUCCUGUGAAAAUACUCUAAAUACACUGAGAUACGCAAAUAGAGUAAAGGAAUUUGGAAUUAGUCCUUCGGACAUUCCCUUCUCACAGAGUAGUGGCAGUCGCUCUGAUCUCUCUCCUUCCUAUGAGUAUGACGACUUUUCUCCUUCGAUCACCAGAGUGAAGGAACUGACGGUUGAUCCUAGUGCUGCAGGAGAUAUCCGUCCAAUUAUACACCAUGCUCCAAAUCAAAUUGACGAUUUAGAGACACAGUGGGGUGUAGGGAGCUCACCUCAGAGAGAUGAUCUUAAACUUCUUUGUGAACAAAAUGAGGAAGAAGUUUCUCCACAGUUGUUUACUUUCCAUGAAGCUGUGUCACAAAUGGUAGAAAUGGAAGAGCAAGUAGUAGAAGACCACAGGGCAGUCUUCCAGGAAUCUAUUCGAUGGUUGGAAGAUGAAAAAGCUCUUCUAGAGAUGACUGAAGAAGUAGAUUAUGAUGUGGAUUCUUAUGCUACACAACUUGAAGCAAUUCUAGAACAAAAAAUUGACAUUCUGACUGAACUCCGAGAUAAAGUGAAAUCUUUCCGGGCAGCUCUACAAGAGGAGGAACAGGCCAGUAAACAGAUCAAUCCGAAGAGACCACGCGCCCUUUGAAAUGGGCCUCUGCUGCUAAUGGAUCCCCCGAAUCCUUACUGCUGUAACAUACAGUUGUUAUAAGACGGUGGCUGUAAGAACUCAACUACUUGAAAGUGUAAAAACUUUUGAAGUGUCUGUGGAAAUGUCCAGUUUCUCCUUCACCUGAAUGACAUUUUCAGUUUUGUGUGAAACACUUCAUCAUUGCUUCUAGACCAGACAGCACAGCACAACCAUGCAGGGUUCAGAGCUGUGAAGCACUUUGUUUAAAACUUUUCAUUUAUUCAAAUUGUGAAUUUUAUGUUUUGGAAAUCUUUGCCAUUUUUUUUAAUAAUGAAGUAAAACUGUGGACUUGAAAAACUUCACUAUUUCCUUUUAACUAUGUUCAGUUUUGUUACAAAGACCAUCUGUGCAGUUUUAAAUUGUUUGCGUGCAUGCACACCUCAUCAGUGAUUGUACAUAACUUCUCUUCUAGAGACAGCUGUGCUAACCUAUUCCCAUUCUGUGCCUUGAUGAAGGCUACUUGACCCUAAAUGUCCUUUCUGAAGCACAGCCUUAAUAAAUGACAUUCCUUAUUUGUCAAUGUAAAUUACUUUUAUUGUGUGUACAUCUUUAAUGUGUGUGAGUCCCCCGCCCCCCUUUUUUUUGUUGUUGGUGACUAGUUCAUUUCACAGGAUGUACAACAGCUGGACAUUCCAUCCUCGUAGUAAUCUGGAAUCAUGAUUUAUUUGAAUACCAUAAAAAUGGUUAUAAAAUGCUAACAUUUUCUUUGUAAAGAACAAUAUAAAUUUGUUGAUGUAUAAUAAAAGGUAACAUUUAAGUAUGGAGGAGAGUUGUAUGUUAGAAUAAUACAGAUAUACAGUAUAUGUAAGUGUGAUAAAUGCUGUCUAGAAUAAAGGUGCAAUCUGAUCUCUACAUAUGGGUAGGAGGACUAAAAGUUCAGGGAUCCAGUGACUAGCAUAAACAAAAUAUCUUUUCACAAACUAUUUAAAAAUUUGGCUUCUGAUGCAUGACAACUUACAUGUGCAUUAACUGUAGUUUGCAGAUAGUUUGUCUGGAGUAGUACUGUUGCUUUAAAGAAAGUAGCUAAUGCAUAUUUUUCCCUUUGUACAGUGCUAGCAGCUGAAAAGUGGGGUGAAUCUGUAUCAUUUUGGAUUUGCACAAUAGGCUGCACAAACUCUACAUAAUGCAAUAUAAAUCCCCCAGGUACCUGAAGUUUCACAAAUAGCACCAUGUGUAUCCAGCACUUUUUAGGUGGUGGCUUGAGUUAUUUCUGCCAGUCAGUGUCCGAAAAAAAGAGAGAAAAAAAACAAACUCCUUUUAUGUAAGAACUUUUUGUCAAACAAUUGUAGCCCUCUCUGAGUUCUCCCUGUUUCCAGGACAGAUUCUAAGAGUUAAUAUCAGCAGACCCUAGGAAUGGUUUUAAACUUGGUUUUUAGAACACAAGCCCAUUUAUGCUGGGACUGAAGGGAAAUAAAGGGAAGGCAAUGAAAAGAGAGCUAAAUGAGCCAGAGAUUUUCAGCAUUUAAUGUUUGUAACUCCCAUCGGAAGGUAGGCUAUGGGAGACCCUUGUUGCAUCAUGGUAAAAAGCUCCUAUCUGUAAACAUGAAAGCUGAAAAAGCAAUGUAGAUUUUACAUAAUGUGUUUAAUAAAUUAAACAAUGAAACAUCAAUUAGAGAUGAGAACUUACUUCUAUGAAACUUGCAUUUACUUUGGGAAGGAGUUUACCUUGUGAUCACAUCUAUUGAAAUUAGAUGUAUGAGAUUUAAAAAAAAAAUCAUACUUAAAAGGCACAUGGUGCGAGAAUGGGUGUUUGUUUUAUUGUAAUAACCAUCCUGUACAGGCUCAAAUUGUUUCACUGACUUCAGUCCUUAAACAGCUAUAUCAAAAUGUACUGAUCUUUCACUGCAUUCAUCUAAGAAUGCAAUCCAUCAAAAAUAUUGAGGAAACUAUUAAAUAACUAAGUAAAACUAGCAAAAGUGUUUCUGUUCAUAGUAACUGAUGAUGCAGGUUAAAAGCAUUCCCCGCUGCUUAAAUUAAAAGCUUUAAUUAAAAUGAUCUGAAUUGAUAAGUCUAAAUCUCACUUUCCUCAAGGUUUGAGCCAUAUCAUGUAGAAGAUUUAUAUACAAGUCAAGAUAAUGUGGGUGGCGUUCCUUUAGCAAGUCACAACCUUUUUGUCUACCUCUGAAGAGUUUUGUGAUACAUACAGUGCUUCAAGAUCCUUUGAAAUGUGUAAUCUAAAUGUGAUUCAUUAUGGAUUAUUGCAUCAAACUGCAAUUAAGAAUGGUAGAUGCUAUUCAGAUUGUUGUAAGUUUCAUGAGAAAUUGUGCAGCUAGUUUAAGUAUGAAUCUGCUGUAUUUUAGAUAUGCCUGCUCCUAUCAAUGUCCAGUUUUUAAAAUAAUCAUGUAAAAUACAUUUUACUUUCAUCACUGAUGAGAGAUUAUUCUUAGCUACAUAUUUCACUGCCUAGUUCUUGCCUCCCAUACUAUGCCUCCCAUCACAAAAGAAGUCAUGUGGGUUAAUGGAAAGGAAAGAAGUAUGAUCACUUACAUAUUUCCACUUUAGGGAAAGUAGCUUCUUAGGAACAUUCUGCUAUAAUGGAUAGCCAGUGAUAUUAUCUUUAUGUGGUAAACUCAUUCCCCAAAAGGUGAUACGCUUAAGCCGAGUUCAAGUGGAUGUUUAUAGAAGGAAAUCAGGACACUUGCUGAUCUGAGGUUUUAAAAGAGUAGGAUACCACACCAAUUAAGGCCAAUUGUCUUAGCUUGCAUAGAGGGAAGUUAGAGAAUAGAGUCUAAAUCCUACCAACGUGUGUGAGGUAAAACCUUAGUUUUUACUGACAUUUCCCCCCUCCCACCCCACCAAAAAGCUAAAUGGGACCAGUGCUGCUGCUAUUCCAGUCAGCUACUGGCUGCAGAUUGGUCUGUCAAGCCAGGGUUUGCUAGUUUUGUAUAGAUUGCUUAUUUUCUGCAUGCUGGGAGAAGAGGGCUGUCAUGCUAGCCUAAGGUGAAUAGAGGCUCUCUUGUCCAGACUCUGAAGCAAUACUUACUUAUAGAACCUUAUGAUAGAGUGAGACAUGCUUGUUCCUUGUAAGAUGCUGUGUACCAAGGCCUGAAGACCUCCACCAGCUGUUGCAUUUACAGAUUUUGCACUUAAGACCUUCAACCAACUCCAGAGCUGGCUGGGGGGGCAAGUGGGCCAUUUGCCCCAGGCCCUGCAGGGCCCCCCACGAGAA